GUAAGUGGAAGCGGUCCCUCUCGUGCUGAAUUUCCAGGUUGAAUCAUUAACCCAGUAGGGGGGGCUUUCUGGGUUAUUAGCGGUAGAUGUAGAGCUGCUGGUCAGUGGUCUAACUUCUGAGUUUAUAUCCUACAUUUAAAGUUAAACCCAAACAAAGGCGGCCCACAGGAUUCACCUCCACUCUGAGCCCUGAUUGUUAUGGCUGAUAGCAAUAAGAAGGUGUUCGACAUUUUCCAAAGCAUGGAGGAAGGACCAUCCGCCGCCAGCAGCGCUGCCAGCGCUCAGGCGUGGCUAGAUCAUCAUUCCCGUUCCCUGGGUUUAUUCAUGGAUGGGAAGUUUGUCCGUCCAGCAGGAAGGCAGAAUAUCUCCCUGUCUGAUUCCAAAGGCGCUAAGCUGUGCAGCAUCGUCUGCGCCGAAGACGAAGAUAUUUCCCAAUGUGCUUCCUCUGCUGCCAGCGGCUACACGUCGUGGAGCGGCCUGACGUGUUCCCAGAGAUCCAAAGUGUUGCUCAGGCUGGUAGGUGUCCUGGGGCUGCAUGGUCAGUGUUUGUCAGAGCUGUGCGCUCUGAGCGAGGCGUCCUGCUCGCCCUCAGCCCUGGUCAGACUGCUGCAGUACUACAGCAGCUGGGCUCAGCUCAGAGAUACACUCAUCCCCAGCUGGACAUCUGUGGGUGUUGUGGUAGUCGUCUCUUCUGAUGACUGCUCGCUUUACUCCCUGAUGCUCAAAGUCCUGCCAGCAGUGGCCAUGGGUAACUCUGUGAUCGUUGUUCCGGGUCGGAGUGCCGCCCCUCCUGUACUCCUCCUGGCUCAGCUUUUUUCUGGAGCAGGACUCCCUGCUGGGACUCUCAACAUUUUAACAGGAAGUGAUGUCACACUGGGGGCCAAAGUGUCCCAGAAUGCCAGCGUGAGCUACAUCACUUACACUGGAAACAAGCAGGAUGGGCUGACUCUGUGUAAGGCUGCAGCAGGGGCGGGGCUUCCCGUGUCCGUCUCCCAGUGCAUCGGCGCCACCUGCCCAUUUAUCAUUUUUGAGUCUGCUGACAUCGACAGCGCUGUGGAUGAAGUCAUACAGAUUGCCUUCAAGAAGAAGAAGGAGGUCCACUGGGUGCUGUGUGUGCAGGAGAGCGUGGCGGAAAGCCUGGCGGCCCGGCUUAAGCUGCGAAUGGCGAGCAUGAAGUGUGUUCCUCUGAACAGCGAAGGGGACAGGGUCCUGGUGGAGGCUGCAGUAAAGGAGGCCCAGCAGCAGGGGGCCACGUUGAUCCAGCCCUGCAGUGCCGGUCCUUCUGUAACCCAGUACCCUCCAACGGUGCUUUGUGGGGCGGCCCCAUCCUCUCCCUACGUGGUCAGCCCGCCUCCUGGACCUUUGCUGCCUCUCCUGACUUUCAGGAGCAACACAGAAGCUGUGGCUUUGGGGAACCACAGUCCUCACGGCCAUGCAGCAUCGAUCUGGACUGAAGACCUGACCCUGGCUCUGGAGACAGCUAAGAGUCUGUCGGUGGGCUUGGUGUGGGUGAAUUCCAGCUGCGUCUCCGAUCCCUGCCUUCCAGUCUGCGGCCACAAAGACAGCGGCACCUGNUAAAAAAAAGGAAAGGAAGGUCUCUAUCAGUUUCUGCGACCUUCCUGGUCUCCUGUCCGUCCUCGCUCGGCCCCUGUUGCUAUGGACUACUCAAAGUUUGGAACAGAACCAACCCAGGCUGUGAUCCCAGACGACCACAGUAUGCCUCAGUCCUUCCUGCAGUUUGUUGGCGGUAAAGCCUGUAAAUCAGUGUCAGGCUGCAGUGUGGCUGUCCAGGCACCAGGGGGCGGUAAUGUGUUGGGCUUUUGUCCUGAUGGAGGCCGUAAAGAUGUCCGGAACGCGGUGGAGGCUGCGAUAAAAGCUCAGCCUGGCUGGAUGAAGAAGAGUCCGUCUGCCCGCGCUCAGUCCCUCUACUCUCUGGCCAAAGGCUUAGAAUCCAAGAAGAAGGACGUUUCUGCGUCAGUCAGCACCCAGCUGGGUGUUUCAGUGGAGGAAGCUGAUAAAGAGGUGGAGCUCAGCGUCGCCAGGCUCAAUGUUUGGGCGGCUUACUGUGAUAAACUUCAAGGUGGAUCCCUGCCCAUGCCGCAGUCCGGUGCGGCCCUUUCCUUCCCCGAAGCCCUGGGGGUCGUUGGGAUCAUCCUACCUGACAAAUAUCCCCUCCUCUCCAUGGUAACGGUUCUAGGGGCAGCUAUUGCCACUGGCAACGCUGUCGUCAUGGUUCCCAGUCAGAGGUUUCCGCUCCCCGCCUUGGCUUUCAUUCAGGUGCUCCAGUCCUCAGAUCUGCCAGCAGGUCUGGUAAACAUCAUCACAGGAAAUCCAGAGCUGCUCACAGUGGCUCUGGCCAAUCACAGCGUCAUCAAGGCGAUCUGGUACUGGGGCAGAGCAGAGGGCUGCCAGUACCUCCAGUACAGCUGCACCAGCCCGCUGAAAACGCUGCGACUCUUCUGCCAGAAGGACGAGGAGGCGAGCGACGCUGGAGCGGACUGGACUCGGACUGAUGCUUCUCUGCUGGAAGACCUGUGGAGAAACGCCGUUCAGUGGAAAAGUGUUUGGAUUCCUUCAGCCUGAGAAGUUUAAACGUACAAAUAAGUCCUGCUAAAGAUAACAAACAUAUGUAAGAUGAAGAUGAGGAAUCAAAAGUCAUGCAAUAUUUUGAAGGUUUAUUAUUAUUAACAGCAAUGCUUAACAUGAUUUUUUUUUGCCAUCUGUCCAAAUGUAUCAGAUAAGAGGAUCAGUAUUUUAUUUUUAAUUCACUAACAUAUUUUUCUACUGUGAUUAAAACAAACGGGCUGUAAUUCUUCAGUCUGUCAAAGUAAAGAAGCGUAAACAGAACAAUCCUGGUAUGUGUUGAUGUGAGACUUUUCUCUCAUAGUGUUGAAUAAGUUCCUCUUUCAGUGUUGCAUCCAUACUGGAUCACUUCCACAUCGGUUCUGAUGGGUUCUCAGAACCCAGACUCAGCUUCAGAUUCUCAGCUAGACGUCGUUAUUUACGUUUUUGGUCUCGGUUCGUCGCUUUAGUUAACUUCCACUUCUAAUCAGUGCCUUGCAAAAUAUGUAGACCCUCGGAUUUUAUUUAUUAUUUUUUUUCACUUUGCAAACCGAAGCAUCUGGAACUUUGCUGACAGAUUUAAACAAAGUGGAGCGUGGAAAUAAAUUGAAUGGAAAAGCUAAACUGUUUUCACUAGUUUUACUUUGGUGCACAGAUUUAUUGGCCGUCUGGUUGAACUGCCUUGAUUUUCUUUCA